AUGGAGUAUGUGUUGGUAUCUGGUGUUGCUGUGGAGCUCAGCUCUGUUGACAGACUCAAACUCAAGGUGGCCAAGGCUCUGAACCUGAAGUUUCCAAGCAAGUUUACAGGUCUGCCAAUACAGCCUUCAGUAGAAUUUGCAUGGCAUGAAUAUUUACAGGAGAAAAAGGUAACUCUUGCGAACUGAGAGGUGAGGCUGUAUACCACCUCAGUGAUGUGCUUCAUGGAUGACCUGCUGCUGGGGGAUGAGAAGGAACUGCUCAAGUGGGCUUACCAUGAGUAGGACUAUCAUGACUAGCCUGAUGCACUUUACCAAAUGCUUGCUGAGGAUUUCUACAGAAAAUUUCUGAACAGCCAGCACGUGUUUGUGUACCUGGAGAUAGCCACUGAGGAACAGCCUGUCAGGAGGCUCUGCUUUGAACUCUUUUCAGAUGCAUGUCCCAGGACCUGUGAAAAUUUCCUCUCCCUAUGCUCCCAAGGAGCAAAAUCUCUCCAUGAUGGCCAAGAGCUCACCUACAAAACCUCCCUUUUCAGCCUAGAGAAAAACAAGUGGAUCCAAGGAGGAGACAUUAUAACUGGAAAGGGAGAUGGAGAAGAGUCAAUUUAUGGCCCCACCUUUCAAGAUGAAAAUUUCUCCAUCCAUCAUGAAGGAAGACAGGUCCUCAGGAUGGCCAACAAGGGUCACCACAGCAAUACCUUGGAGUUCUACAUCACCUUCCUGUCUCCUCCCCACCUGAGCAAGAAACACAUGGUUUUUGGACAGAGGCUUCAGCUGGAGGAAACUGAUCAAGGCAUGAAGAUCCUCCAAAGACUGGAAGUCAUAUCUGCAUAUAACAAAAGAUCUACAGUAACCUGCAAGAUUAAACAUGGGACCUUCAAGCCAUGA